CUGUGUGUCAAAACCGCGUUAUGUAGCCUAUUCAGGGCGCUUACUAGAGAAACAACAGCGCGAGGGACAGUUCAGUUACUGCGAGAGCAGCUCUUCUAAAACUCCUGCGAGAGGGAGUGGCUAUUAUUAUGGCGUGUCACCGGGGCAACGGCGGGGACACUUUUCCAUUAGUCAGCUGAAAAGUUUUCCAGCUCUUAGGCGGAAGCAGCGCGCGCGGCUGAUUUCCGCUUCCCUCUCCGCCGCUCGCUUCUGCUGCUGCUGCUGCUGGACGCUGAAGGAAAGAUGGCGGCGGCCGAGACCGAUCGCGACGCACCGUCCGCUCUGUGUAGCGAAUUCCUCAAUUUCUCCGCGAAGGACACCGCUGCGAAAUGGCUGCAGGUGAGCAACCUGCCCAAAGAGGUGUACCAGCACUUGGCCUGCUACGUCCCCAAGAUCUACUGCCUGGGCCCCAACCUGAACCCUCAGAACGAGGACCUGCUGGCUCAGCUGCUGCUUCAGAGCCCGCUGGAGUGGUACCUGUGCGGGGAAGAGCCGUCCCUGGGAUUGGCCAAGCUGGAACAGAACAACCAGCCCUCACAGCUCUGUGGCCACGUGUUUAAAGUGGGAGAGCCGACGUACUCGUGCAGGGAGUGUGCAGCCGAUCCAACCUGCGUGCUGUGUAUGCAGUGCUUCUUAGGCAGCGUUCACAAAGAGCAUCGCUACAGGAUGACCACCUCAGGUGGAGGAGGUUUCUGUGACUGUGGCGACACGGAGGCCUGGAAGAAGGGCCCUUACUGUCAGAAACACGAGCCCAAUAUCAGCGACUCUUCUCAGAAGGAUCCGUUGGCUAAUCUGUCUGAUGAGAUGAUUGCCCGCACAUACAAUGUUUUCUCCAUCAUCCUCAAAUAUGCUGUGGACAUGCUCACCUGGGAAAAAGAAGAUGAGCUACCUGAAGGCCUCGAGCCACCGGCUCGUGGAGACACGUACUACUGCAUGCUGUUUAAUGAUGAGGUCCACACGUACGAGCAGGUCAUCUAUACACUACAGAAAGCUGUGAACUGCACCCAGAAAGAGGCCGUCAGCUUCGCCACCACUGUGGACAGAGAUGGCAGGAAGUCUGUGCGCUUUGGGGACUUCCAGUUUUGCGAGCAGGCCAAAUCUGUUAUUGUGAGGAACACAAGUCGGCAGACGAAACCCCUGCGGGUUCAAGUCAUGCACUCGUCUGUAGUGGCUCAUCAGUGUUUUGCACUCAAAGCUCUCACCUGGCUCGGCCAAAUCAUCAGAUACUCGGAUGCUCUGAGAAGAAUCCUGUGUCAGGUGGGUCUGCAGCGAGGACCGGAGGGAGAGAACUCUUCUCUGGUGGACACUCUAAUGCUUUGUGACUCCAAGAUGUGGAAAGGAGCAAGAAAUGUUUACCAUCAGCUCUUUAUGAGCAGCCUACUCAUGGAUACAAAGUACAAGAAACUUUUCGCAAUCCAGUUUGCAAAGAAUUACCGGCGCCUCCAGACAGAUUUUAUGGAGGACGAUCACGAGCGUGUAGUGUCAGUGACCUCUCUGUCAGUGCAGCUCUUCACCGCUCCUACUGUGGCGCGGAUGCUGAUCACAGAAGAGAACCUGAUGACCACCAUCAUCCGCACUUUCAUGGACCACCUCAGACACAGAGACCUGCAGGGCCGCUUCCAGUUUGAACGAUACACCGCACAACAGGCCUUCAAAUUCCGCCGAGUCCAGAGCCUUAUAGGAGACCUCAAGUAUGUCCUGAUCAGCCGUCCAACAGAGUGGACCGACCAACUCAGGGAAAAGUAUCUGGAAGGUUUCGAUGCUUUCUUGGAGUUGUUAAAAUGCAUGCAGGGAAUGGACCCAGUAGUGCGUCAGGUAGGGCAGCACAUAGAGAUGGAGCCAGAAUGGGAGGCAGCGUUCACCUUACAGAUGAAGCUCACACAUAUCAUCUCUAUGAUGCAGGAGUGGUGUGCCAGUGAUGAGCGAGUGCUGAUCGAAGCCUAUAAGAAGUGCCUGAGUGCGCUGACUCACUGCCACAGUGGUUUCACAGAUGGGGAGCAGCCCAUAACCCUCAGCAUGUGCGGCCACUCCGUCGACACCAUCCGCUACUGCGUCUCUCAGGAGAAAGUCAGCAUACACCUGCCCGUGUCCCGGCUUUUAGCAGGUUUACAUGCUCUGCUGAGCAACACUGAGGUUGCCUAUCGAUUCCCUGAGCAGCUGCCAUUGAGUGAACUGAGUCCACCCAUGUUGAUCGAGCAUCCUCUUCGCUGCCUUGUACUCUGUGCCCAGGUGCAUGCUGGAAUGUGGAGAAGAAAUGGCUUCUCUUUAGUCAAUCAGAUCUAUUAUUAUCACAAUGUGAAGUGUAGAGUGGAGAUGUUCGAUAAAGACCUCAGCAUGCUUCAGGCUGGCGCUUCCAUGAUGGAUCCAAACCACUUCCUGAUGAUCAUGUUAAGUCGUUUUGAGCUCUAUCAUAUCUUCAGCUCAGCAGACUGUAGAAAGAGAUACAGCAGAGAGAACGCUAACAAGGAUGUGGUUCAACAGAAUAACACACUAAUUGAGGAGAUGCUGCAUCUGGUCAUUAUGAUCGUGGGGGAGCGAUAUACAGCAGGUGUUGGUCAGGUGGAGUGCUCUGACGAGAUAAGGAGAGAGAUCGUUCACCAGCUAUGCAUUCGCCCCAUGGCCCACAGCGAGCUGGUCAAAGCUCUGCCUGAGAACGAGAACAAGGAAACCGGCAUGGAGAGGGUCAUUGACAGUGUGGCUUUGUUUAAGAAGCCUGGUGUGACUGGUAGAGGACUUUAUAAACUCAGGCCGGAGUGUGCCAAGAUGUUCAACCUUUACUUCCACCAUUACUCCAGAGCUGACCAGUCUAAGGCUGAAGAGGCCCAAAGAAAAAUAAAGAGGCAAAAUGGGGAAGACUCAGUUCUGCCUCCACCCGUUCUGCCUCGGUUCUGCCCGCUGUUUGCCAGCCUGGUGAACAUACUGCAGUGUGACGUGCUGCUGGGGAUUCUGGGAGCUGUGCUGCAGUGGGCGAUGGAGCCCAGCGGGGGGCACUGGUCUGAGUCCAUGCUUCAAAGGGUGCUGCAUCUCAUAGGCAUGGGCCUGGUGGAAGAACAGCAGCAUCUCAUCGGCAGCGCAGAAGAUCACGAUACCAACUUCAACUUCACUCUCAAAAUCUCCAGACCAGGUGAGGCUCCUGCUAACACUCCCAGUAUCUUGGCUCUGUUGGAAACCCUGCAGAACGCUCCUCAUCUGGAGGUGCACAAGGAUAUGAUCCGCUGGAUCCUUAAGACAGUGGCCAGCAUCAAAACCACGCGGGAGUGCACGGCCAGUGCGCCCCCUAGUGACAGCUCAGGGCACAGUCAAGAGGAGACGGUGCGGGAUAAAGAUAAGGCAGAGCGGAAGAGGAAAGCGGAGAUGGCGCGGCUCCGGAGGGAAAAGAUCAUGGCUCAGAUGUCAGAGAUGCAAAGACACUUCAUCAGCGAGAACAAAGAGUUGUUCCAGCAGAGCCUGGAUGAGCUCGACCCUCCACCUCCUCCACUCUGGAGCACAGCCCCAGUACGUGUGAUAGCACGCUGGUCUGUGUGGGCCCUCGGCGGUGGCGUGCGGGCGGCAGUGAGAGGAGACAGGUGGUGACGUGCAUCCUGUGUCAGGAGGAGCAGGAAAUCAGGAUCGACGGCAAAGCCAUGGUGCUCGC